UUUUUUUUUUUGUGUUUUUGACUUUUGUGAAUUCGUCAUUGUAUUUUUCACAACAUUGAAAAUUUUAUCAGAUUUUUCUAUUUCAUGCUCUCUCAAAUUACGAAGUAAAUACUUGCUGUUGCAUUUUAUUGGAAGAAGUAAUUGUUUUCAACAUGACAGAAAAAUACAACACCAAAUGUCCUGGUGUAAAACGCCUUAUGCGAGAGGCUAUGGAAUUGGCAGAGGCCACUGAAGAAUAUUGUGCAAGACCCCUUGAAGAUAAUUUAUUCGAGUGGCACUUUACUGUACGUGGCCCGAGGGGAACCGAUUUCGAGGGUGGCAUAUACCACGGCAGGAUAUUGUUGCCGAAAGAGUAUCCUAUGCAUCCUCCUCAUAUUAUAUUAUUGACUCCAAACGGCAGGUUUGAAAUUAAUAAGAAAAUUUGCUUAUCUAUUUCUGGUCAUCAUCCGGAGACCUGGCAGCCAUCCUGGUCAAUACGAACAGCUCUGUUGGCGCUAAUCGCUUUUAUGCCUACGCCAGCUGAAGGGACUAUUGGAUCACUAGAUUACACUCCAUCUGAAAGAAUAGCCCUUGCAAAGAAAUCUACUGGUUGGGUAUGUCCACAGUGCGGCGAUAUUACAGCUCUUUUGUCUUCGACUGCUGCACAGCCACCAACAGAGGAGGAGCAGACUGUGCUCAACCAGAUAGCGUUUAAAGGUGAGGAGGAGCAAGCAACAAAACCUCCAGUGGAGCCUGUUCCUGAACCCCAGAAUGCACAGUUCACACCACAGGUGUUGGAGUCAUCUGAUUCUGCUACUAGUUUCUUGGAUCAAUUAACAGAAAUUCUUGUGGCACUUCUAGUAGGUGCAAUAGGAAUAUUUGUAUACAGGCGUUGGAAUGCUUACGCUGUCACUGACUCUGAAUUGUAGAUAAAUAAUGUAUUAAGAUGUGUAUUUUAAGUUAUAUAAGUUAAAAUUUAUUAGUCAUGGGAUUGUAACUAAAAUGAUCAAUAUUCUUACUAAAUUUUUUACUUUUUGGUAAAACAUCUAAUCUGUUUAUAAUAUAUCUACAUACAAUUACCUGGACUGACAGUAUACUUAUUGAUAUACAAUAAGUAUUAUGUAUGUCUAUUUCAUCAUUGUAGUGUUUUUUAAUUAUAUUGAUUCAUUUUGACUUUGUGCCUUAAUUAUGAGGAUUUAAUUAUCUCUUGAGGCAUAUAAUUUACAAAAUAUGUAAACAUCAUCACAUUUUCAUUUAGUAGAUGAAAUUUUUAUUUAUUUAAAAAUUAAUGUAGCUUUUAUAAAACAACCUAUAGAUGAUAGAAUGAUUAAAUUGCAUUUCUUUAGUUAUAAAAAUUGGCAUAUUCAUAGAGUAUAUUUACUGUUUAUUAGGACAACCAAAAAUUUAAUGAAAAAGCAAAAUAAAUUCAUAUUUUAAGUCUUGUUUUUUUGUUUUAAAUAAUAAUAGUUUAUGUAAAAUAAUUACUAGAGUAUAUUAAUAGACAUUCCAAGAGCUUAGCUUUGAACAUUUAAAUUUUUGGUGACCAUUUAAAUGUAAUACAACACCUAGGUGUAGAUUCACAUAUUUCAUUUUAUAAAAAUUGCUGUGCUUGUGUAAAAUAAAAUUUGUAAAUUAAAGAUUCUAA